UAAGAUGUAUGUAACAAUCAGUCAUUAUGACAUUAACAAAUUCGAACGUAAAAAAAUGUCGUUUCAUUGUUAUUUAACUUUAUUCUAAGUAUUUGACUCGUUAAUCAUAGAGUUUAUUUGAUGUUAAAAGUGUAUUCACCGCAAUAUUUGAAAGAUAUACAUAUAUAGUGCGCUUGUUUCAAAAUAUUUCAUCAUUCUUUAAAAAACUUUAAACAAAGUUGGACGCGUAAAUUUCUGGGGAAAUAGUAAAAUAUUUUUAACAAUGGAGUUCCCUCAUAUAGGAAAGAAUUGUUCAUAUAAAUCAUGUAAUAAACUGGACUUUCUGCCAAUGAAAUGUGACGCUUGCAAGGAAGUUUAUUGCUCAGACCAUUUUGCAUACGUAAAACAUGAAUGCCCUUCACCCUAUGGAAGGGAUGUUCAAGUACCGCAGUGUCCUCUCUGCGGGGCUCCAGUUCCCGGUAAAAGAGGUGAACCACCGGAUGUAGCUGUGGGUGCUCAUAUAGAUAAUCAGUGUACCUCUGAUCCCGCUAGAGAGAGACGAAAUCGGGUAUUUACAAAUAGGUGUUCCUACAAGGGAUGCAAAACAAAAGAAAUGGUGCCUUUAGUGUGUAGUGAAUGUUCGUUGAAUUACUGUCUGCGUCACAGGCAUGCAGCUGACCAUGCUUGUGAAGGAAAACUAGCUGCUAAGAGACGACAAGCUGCUAAUGCUGCAAUGGCGCGCAUGAGAGCAAAUGAAAUCAACAUAACAAGCAGAACAGCAGCUAAUAAUCCUGUGACAGCAUUUACUGAAGUACAAGGAAAUAUGUCUGAAGAUGAAGCAUUAGCUAGAGCACUCGCUUUAUCAAUGCAAGAUCAAACCUCAGAUAUAAGAACAAGGGACAAUAACUUUGCCAGAGCGUUAAACAGACAACGAGUGGGUGGUGAACAGAAUUCAAGAUGUUCAGUAUCUUAGCAUAAUGUUAAAAUAAAUAGAAAUAUCAAUGAUAGUCACAGCUAUUUGGUUCCAUGAUGGCUAAAUGUAUUUUUCAUUUGUCAAAAAUUCCAAAACCUCAAACAUUACUUUAAAAAAAUAAUAAUUAAAUCUUGUUUCAUUUAGUUUGAAAGCACAAGGUAUUAAUGCUUCUGUACUAUAUUUUGGCAACCGCUGAAAUAGAUAUAUAAUUUUUUUUUUUUAAACAAUUAAUAGGCGAGUUUGUGUGUAAAAACAAUUGUGGUUCUUGAGAAGCUUUCACGUCGCAAAAAGAAACAUCUGUCCAAAUUUCAUGUUUCUACCGCUAGUAGCUUAUAUAUAUAGAGAAUAUAUUAAUUAUUAUUAGGGCAAUUAUUAGUUAAGUUAAAGUUUUAGUAAACAAUAUAUGUAACAGUAAUCACUUACACUGCUGGUCGAAUGUUUGAGACCACUACAAGAAAUUAUCUACAAGUUAUCUAAUUAUAUUUUCAAAUUACUGCAAAUAACACUGCAAAAAUGUUUUUUUUCUCUCUUAUAUUUGUUUGUAGUCUCAAAUUUGUAAAUGGCCGUGUAUUUGAAUUUUAAACAUGUACAAAAAAAAUCACUACUCUUUAACUUUGCUGCGUUAAAUAUGUCCACGAAGAAAACAGGAAAACAUUGUAAAUAUUUGCAAUUAUAUAAAUAAAAAGAGGCUUUUUCUUUAAA